AUGGCCUCCCUAACCCGCAACCGCUGCGUUGACGCCAACAAACCCACCCCCGCAACAGUCCGCCACUACGCAGAACGAGCGCGCGACGGCGCUGGAUUAAUCGUCGCAGAGGGGACAUUUGUGUAUCUGAAUGGGGCGGAGUGGCCGCAUGCACCGGUUAUGUUUGAUGAGAGUCACGUGGAGGCUUGGAGGAGGGUUACGGAUGGGGUGCAUGGGAAUGGUGGGAGGGUUUUGUUUCAGCCGUGGCAUCCUGGUCGUAUUCAGAAUGAGAAUAUGCCUAUGCUUAAGGAGAGUGGGUAUCCGGUUCUGGCGCCGUCAAAAGUGAAGGCUGAGGGUGGGAAGUUUCGGACGUUGGAGGGGCUUCCAGGCUAUACCGAAAAUAUCACCGAGAUCGAAGACCCGCAGGUUAUCGUCGAACAAUACCAUCACUCGGUUGCUUUGGCUAAAGAAUCUGGGUUUGAUGGCGUUGAGUUGCUAUCACAGGGAGGAUACCUCUUCCACAACUUCCUCUGCUCCCACACCAACACCCGCACAGACGCAUACGGCGGCUCCAUCGAAAACCGCGCCCGCUUCCCCCUCGCCGUCCUCGACGCCAUAAUUUCCAUCUUCGGCCCCCAGUCCGUAGGCGUGAAACUCUGCCCGUCGGACGACUACAACGACUCCGCAGUUCCCUUCCCAGAACUCACAGAGACAUAUACCUACUAUAUUAACCAAAUCGUGGCCCGGGAGGUCGGAUUUAUCAAUCUUUCAAGACGCGGGUGUGAUGUCUCUCGUGAGGGGACGGAUGAAUACUUUAAGUCCAACCCUAGACCAAAGGGGUUGGAGCUACCGGGGGGUUAUGAGCCGGUACAGCAGUUCGGGGGGAUGAUUAAGUAUCCCGGUAGUAAGACUAUGUUGAUGGUGAAUCAUGAGUAUAGUGUUGAGGAGGCGGAGAGGGUUGUUAGGGAGGGGGUUGUGGAUUUGGUGGCGUUUGGGAGGCCUUUUAUUUAUAAUCCGGUGGGAGGGUGA